UGUGUGUGUGUGUGUGUGUGUGUGUGUGUGUGUGUGUGUGUGUGUGUGUGUGUGUGUGUGUGUGUGUGUGUGUGUGUGUGUGUGUGUGUUAUAUACACUAAUGUGCGUAUCCCUUGUCUUCUGUAUGUGGUUACCUUUUUGACACGAAUCCAAGUCAUACUACUGCCCCCUGCUGUAACAGUGUGUAAUCACAGGAGUUUAGACGCAGCAUACACCUACAACACAGAUUGUGCUAAACUAACCCCUUAUUCUCUUCUCUCUUCCUCAGACUCUACGGACUGAAAGAGGAGAAACAGGACUUGUACAGAACUCAUCACAGGAACAACUCUCUCUGAGGUCUGUCGGAUCAGAAGCACGUGGGACUCCAUUCUCUCCUCCUCAGUAGAUUCUCUUUAGAAGCCCCACAGUGAAGGCAGAGUGAUACCUUUGGACAAUUGAAGCAAGCUCACACAUUUGCCUCAGGAAAUGUUCUGCUGCUGUUGUCCUCUGCCAGUCCAUGUUGCUUCCGUGAGGACUCGGCCACUACAAAGUCUACAACUGAAGAUAUGUGGUUUUGUCAUUUUCCUAUGGAGCAAUAAAGCCCAGCUGCCAUGUUCACUUUAUCACUGAGGGGAUUCCCAAGUUAUGGAGUUGUGUUGUGACACCGUGAUGUCAGCAUUAGAACAGCAGACUCAAUGGAACUGCGCUGAGAGAGGGAAUGCACCAGUCUGUAUGGCUUAAACAGACCAUAAUAUAUCAUUGCAAUUCUCCCAACCAGAAUUGGUCCCAUUGCCUUCUCGGUCCUAGGAGUGUUGUCUUUUCCAAACCAAUCAAUGGAGGACACGUUGCGUUAUUCUAAGGAGUGCAUUCUUCUCAAUAAUGUAAACAAAUCCAAAUGUAUCUGUUAAUCUAGUAGGUAUUGAUGUGGUACACUUGACUUUUGCCCCUAAAUACCUUCCUGAACAAACUGUAAAGUAGGACUACAAGUGAAGUCGGACUACAACUUUUGUUUUGGAGGACUACAACAGGAAGUUCAGUAGAACUAUAACCCCCAUUACCCACCAUGGUGUUGCCGCAGCCAGACAAGCGCCAUGUGUGCCUGACAACAAUGGUGAUCAUGACCAGCAUGGCCUUUAUGGAUGCCUACCUAGUAGAGCAGAACCAAGGGCCCAGGAAGAUCGGGGUGUGCAUAAUCGUGCUGGUGGGAGACAUCUGUUUCCUCAUCGUGCUGCGCUAUGUUGCGGUUUGGGUCGGGGCCGAGGUGAAAACUGCCAAGCGUGGCUACGCCAUGAUCCUCUGGUUCCUCUACAUCUUCGUCCUGGAGAUCAAACUCUACUUCGUCUUCCAGAACUACAAGGCGGACAGAAAGAGCCUGGAGACGGUGGCCCGCAAGGCUCUAACCUUACUCCUCUCUGUGUGCGUCCCGGGGCUGUACCUGGUCCUUGUUGCUCUGGACAGCAUGGAGUACGUGAGAACCUUCCGGAAGAAGGAGGACAUGCGGGGGAGGCUGUUCUGGGUGGCCCUGGACCUGCUGGAUGUUCUGGACAUCCAGGCCAACCUGUGGGAGCCCCAGCGGACGGGCCUGCCCAUCUGGGCCGAGGGACUGAUGUUCUUCUACUGCUACAUCCUGCUCCUCAUCCUGCCCUGCGUCUCCCUGUCUGAGAUCAGUGUCCAGGGGGAGCACGUCUCUCCCCAGAAGAUGAUGCUGUACCCUGUUCUUAGUCUUGUUACCAUAAACAUAGUGACGAUCUUGAUCCGUGGGGUCAACAUGGUGUUGUUCCAGGAUAGUAGGGUUUCCACAAUCUUCAUAGGGAAGAACGUGGUGGCCAUAGCCACGAAGGCCUGUACAUUUCUGGAGUACAGGAGGCAGGUGAAGGAGUUCCCUCCACAGGACCCUAGCAUGGCAGGUAUAGCGUUAGAGCUGCAGCAAGGGAACUCUGUGGGUCACAGCCACGGGCACAACCAGACCCUGCCCAAUGCCACCACUAGCCUCCCCGACGAACCCUCACCGACCGAGGUCAUAGACACAUGACCCUUGCCCAUGGAUAGUUACAUCCUUUUCACACUGUAAUGCCGAGCGGAUCCAUACUGUGAUGGCUUGGGUAUUUUUCUUUCACACUGUGCUUUCCAGCAACUACCAGCGCAGUACAGCUUGGCUUAGCUUGGCUCAGUAGUGUGAAAAGUGUGGCAAGUGUCUGAUCCUGGGCAGAGCUAGACUGGACUAGACUUCUCAGAGCUCAGCUAGACUGGACUAGACUUCUCAGAGCACAGUAUGACCCCGACUGUUUCCGUCCAAUGGGGUGGCAGAAAGAAACACCAUUUUUCACUGAGUACGCUCCAGCUCAGGAAAACGGCCCAGCGCCUUGCCAGCCAGCCUACCAGAUGAACUGAUGAGAUCAUUCUGAUAAAGACUGAUGUGUUUUUCUAUUCUAUUGUGUGUGUUUCUAUACUUCUCUAUGGUGGACUAGCAGACAGACAGACAGACAAAUACAGGUGACCUCAGAUACAAAGCCCAGCUCAGCUGACAUGAGCUUAUAGUCCACCUGUAACCAGACCUGGGUAAAAAUACUAUUUGAAAUAAUUUCAAAUACUUUAUCUGGACUUAAUUGAGCUUGCCUGGCACAAUGGAACCAAUGGAAUAGUAGCAAGACUGCAAACCACACCCAUCUGGCACUCCAGACAGGCUAGAGCAAACACUAAACGUUUUUUUUUACAUUUCCAGUAGUACUUGAACCCAGGUCUCCUGUAAACUCCUUGUCCUUUUUGACUCACUGGGAAUUUUUGUAAUUCCAAGACAAUGUUUUUAAGUGAUGGUGUAAUGCUGUAAUUCUCUUUGUCAUUUUAAAUAUAGAUACAGUACCAGUCAAAAGUUUGGACACACCUACUAAUUCAAGGGUUUUUCUGUUUUUUUACUAUUUUCUACAUUGUAGAAUAAUAUUGAAGACAUCAAAACUAUAGUAGUAACCAAAAAAGUGUUAAACAAAUCAAAAUAUAUUUUAUAUCAUAGAUUCUUCAAAGCAUCCAUCCUUUUCCUUGAUGACACCUUUGCACACUCUUGGCAUUCUCUCAACCAGCCUCAGGAGGAAUUAUUUUCCAACAGUCUUGAAGGAGUUCCCACAUAUGCUGAAUACUUGUUGACUGCUUUUCCUUCAUUCUGCGGUCCAACUCAUUCCAUACCAUCGCAAUUGGGUUUAGGUCUGGUAAUUGUGGAGGCCAGGUCAUCUGAUACAGCACUCCAUCACUCUCAUUGGUCAAAUAGCCCUUACACAGCCUGGAGGUGUGUUGGGUCAUUAUCCUGUUGAAAAACAAAUGAUAGUCCCACUAAGCCCAAACCAGAUGUGAUGGCAUAUCGCUGCAGAAUGCUGUGGUAACCAUGCUGGUUAAGUGUGCCUUGAAUUCUAAAUAAAUCACAGACAGUGUCACCAGCAAAGCACCCCCACACCAUCACAUCCUCCUCCUCCAUGAUUCACGGUGGGAACCACACAUGCGGAGAUCAUCCGUUCACCUUUUCUGCAUCUCACAAAGACAGAUGAAACAGGUUUGAACUGGUUGUAACCUAUAUUUGGACUCAUCAGACCAAAGGACUGAUUUCCACCGGUCUAAUGUCCAUUGCUUGUGUUUCUUGGCCCAAGCAAGUCUCUUCUUAUUAUUAGUAUUCUUUAGUAGUGGUUUCUUUAAUUCAAUUCGACCAUGAAGGCCUGAUUCACACAGGCCUUCAUGGUCUCCUCUGAACAGUUGAUAUUGAGAUGUAUCUGUUACUUGAACUCUGUGAAACAUUUAUUUGGGUUGCAAUCUAAAGUGUAGUUAACUCUAAUGAACUUAUCCUCAGCAGCAGAGGUAACUCUGGGUCUUCCUUUCCUGUGGCGGUCCUCAUGAGAGCCAGUUUCAUCAUAGGGCUUGAUGGUUUUUGCGACUGCACAUGAAGAAACGUUCAAAAUUCUUGAUAUUUUCUGCAUUGACUGAACUUCAUGUCUUAAAGUAAUGAUGGACUGUCGUUUCUCUUUGCAUAUUUGAGUUUUUCUUGCUAUAAUAUGGACUUGGUCUUUUACCAAGUAGGGCUAUCUUCUGUAUACCCCCUACCUUGUCACAACACAACUGAUUGGGUCAAAUGCAUUAAGAAGGAAAGAAAUUCCACAAAUGAACAAGACACACCAGUUAAUUAAAAUGCAUUCCAGGUGACUACCUCAUGAAGCUGGUUGAGAGAAUGCCAAGAGUGUGCAAAGCUGUCGUCAAGGCUACUUUGAGGAAUCUCAAAUAUAACAUAUAUUUCGAUUUGUUUUAUACUUUUUUGGUUACUACAUGAUUCCAUGUGUGCUAUUUCAUAGUUUUGAUGUCUUCCCAAUUAUUCUACAAUGUAGAAAACAGUUGAAAAAAUAAAAAUAACUUGAAUGAGUAGGUGUGUCCAAACUUUUGACUAGUACUCUAUAUAUGCAUACAGUAUAUAUAAAUAUAUAUAUAUAUGUAGACACUGUCAAUGAAGCAGCAUUCAUUUGAGGACUUCUAUACUCUGUGAGAGAAUUUCAGAGCGAGGAUGGUUAGAGGGAAACAAAGAGAGGGUGGGAGAGGGAGGGAUGGACGGUGGGGUGGAAGAGAAGCAAGAAUUGAGACAGGGAGCGAGUGAGAAACAGAACGAUGGGAGGAAAAUGGCUGGGGAGAGAAGCAGUGUGUGUGUGUUUAAUGGAGGGAUGGAGGGACGGAGGAUGGGUAAAGCUGCUUAUUAGGUGUAAGCCUCUCAGAAGGGGAUCCAAUUUCCCUGCUAUUGUGAGGCUUUUAAAGUACGAGACCAGACCGUUUGAAUGGUGUCCAUAUUAGGACAUCCUUAGAGUCACAAGAAAGAGGUGUCAGACACCAGGGCCCGUAUGUAUCAAGCAUCUCAGAGUAGGAGUGCUGGAUCAGGAUCAAUUUGCCUUAUAAAUUUCAAUGAAUAAGAUGAGGGACCUGAUCCUACUGUAGUUCAGUACUCAGAUACUUUGUGAAUACUGGCUCUGACUAGAUUCACCCCUUGUGACUCAGAGGUUGUUCCUAAUAUGGGCACUGUACAUUAGGUGAUUUGGAAUCCUCUGUUUCCCUGAGCUCAGCACUAUAUAUAGAAUGAAUAAUAAAGAGGGCACACAGCCCCUAUAGUUUCUCAA